CAAAAUAUUUUAUUUGAAAAUUAGCUGGCCUAAACUUUGGUAGCAUUGGUUAAUGAACUGGUGUUUUUUAUCGUAUUAAUUGUCAGUUCGUGUGGUUUAGACAUUUGAUAUAUAUAAGACAAUCUAGAAGACUGUGUUUGAAAGUUUUUUAUAUCGAGAUGUCAAUUCUUUGAAGUCGAUCUUAAACAAGUGUCUAGAAUGUUUAUGUCUCCAUGGUUGCCGCUUGCAAGAAGACCUGCUCCUCGCAGCCUAUAAGGAAGUUGGGUUGGCCGUCUAAACAAGCUGAUUAUACUAAGCCAAUCCAGCAAACCGCUUAAGUGAUAAAGGAUCAAAGGGAUUUUCGAAUCAUGGCAGGGAAAAAGGCAGCAGAGUGUGUCAAAGUUGUUAUCAGAUGCCGACCAAUGAAUGAAAAAGAAAUCGCUGCUGGUCAUGAUAGAGUUGUGGAUAUGAAUGUGAAAAAAGGUAACGUCAUGCUGAGGAAUCCUUCAAAGAAAGAAGAAGCCCCAAGGGAAUUUACAUUCGAUGCUGUUUAUGACUGGAACUCAAAACAAAGAGAUAUAUAUGAUGAAACAUUUUCACCACUUGUUGACUCUGUGCUGAAUGGCUACAAUGGUACAAUUUUUGCGUAUGGACAAACUGGAACAGGAAAAACAUUCACCAUGGAAGGCGUCCGAACAGACCCAGAGCUUCGUGGCGUUAUCCCAAACUCUUUCGAUCACAUUUUUACGCAUAUUUCUCGAACUCAUGACCAGCAAUACUUAGUCAGAGCAUCAUAUUUGGAAAUUUAUCAGGAAGAAAUAAGAGAUUUAUUAGCAAAGGACCAGAAGAAACGUCUGGAAUUAAAAGAGCGACCGGAUACUGGAAUAUAUGUCAAGGAUUUACAAUCAUUUGUUACAAAAAGUGUCAAGGAAAUUGAGCACGUGAUGAAUGUUGGAAAUCAAAACAGAUCUGUUGGGGCUACAAAUAUGAACGAGCAUUCCUCAAGAUCCCAUGCAAUUUUUCUUAUCUACAUUGAAUGCAGCGAGAUGGGUCCAGAUGAAGAGACGCACAUUCGAGUUGGAAAGUUGAAUAUGGUGGAUCUUGCUGGUAGUGAAAGACAAGCAAAAACGGGGGCUGCCGGUGAGAGACUCAAGGAAGCGACCAAGAUCAACCUCUCCUUGUCUGCUCUGGGAAACGUCAUUUCUGCUUUGGUCGAUGGUAAAAGCACACACGUUCCUUACAGAGAUUCAAAGUUAACCCGUCUUCUCCAAGAUUCACUUGGUGGUAAUGCAAGGACUGUUAUGGUUGCAAACAUGGGUCCUGCAAGUUACAAUUUUGAAGAAUCUUUAACAACAUUGAGAUAUGCUGACAGGGCGAAAAGAAUCAAGAAUAAGCCCAAGAUCAAUGAGGAUCCAAAGGACGCCCUUCUAAGAGAAUUUCAAGAGGAGAUCGCAAAGUUGAAGAGAGAGCUAGAGAAGAAAGGUGGCCCAAAAAAAGGUCGAAGAAGACGAAGGAAAGAUGGAGAACAAGGAGAGGAUGAUGAUGACGAAGUUGAAGAUGAAGCGGAAAAUAACAACGAAGAUGUAAUAAAGAAAAAACAAGAAGAACUUGAAAAAGAGAAAAAUGCGUUGCUAGAAAAUCAUGGAAUUUUAGAGGAGGAUAAAAAGAAACUGCUUAGUGAAAUCAAUAAUCGAGCGAACCAGCUGAAAAAAGAACAAGAAAGAUCUGCAUUAAUUACAACAAAAAUCAAGGCAAUGGAGAGUAAGUUGCUUGUUGGUGGAAAAAGUAUUGUUGAUAAGACAACGGAGCAGGAGAGAGCGCUUGAAGAAAGGCGUAAGCAACUUGCGGAACAAAAGAGAAAAGAACGAGAAAUGCAGCAAAAACUAGAGGAACAAGACGAGUCUGCUGUUGAAAUUAAGGAAAACUUUUCAUCACUGCAACAAGAAGUUGAUGUGAAAACCAAAAAACUCAAAAAGCUCUUUGUGAAGCUGCAAGCAACCAAGGCCGAAAUACAGGACUUACAAGAAGUUCAUAUCAAAGAACGCCAAGACUUGGAAAAGAAUUUAGAAGAUCUUAACCGUGAAUUGAAACUAAAACAACUCCUUAUAGAAAACUUUGUACCUUUGGACGAAAGAAACAAGGUUCGCAAUAGAGGGAGUUAUAAUGAUGAUACUGGUGAAUGGAGCCUGAGGACAUUAGCUACAGUAACAUCGAGCCAGCAGAUGGCAAAACGACCCGUAUCAGCAAUGGGAAACAAGAGACCAAUCUCAGAAUACGCAAGAAGAGCUGCAGCUUUGGGUGGAAAUCCACGUUACAAGGCAGAGAACAUCAUUCAGAUAGAGCUAGAUAUGCCUAAUCGAACCACUCGUGACUACGAAGGCCCAUCUGUGAACCCAACUCUUCAAGCAGUUCUUGAGUCUGCCUUGCGUGGUGAAGACGACCUCACGCUUGAUGCUAGUGCUUUGAAUGCGUUCAAUACAAAGAUAAAAGUCAAAGGCAGGCGUGGGCAGCGUCCAAAAACAGCCAAAGUCGGCGGUGGUCGUAUGGAAAUGAAGACCCCAAAACCUAUCUCCAGUGAAGAUCAGUCAGAGUUUCCAACAGCCAGAGGCCUUGUAUCAACAAAGAAGAGACUUUAAUCGGUCAAGGGGAUGAACAUAUGGUGUAUUUUAAUUCGUGGUUUUUUCAUGUACAUAAAGAUGUAAUGUAUUUGAUCUAGGCUUGCCAAUAUGGCAAGAAUAGGAAUAUUGUUCAAGAAAAAUAAGGUAUGAAAAGACUUUCCUCUACUUGGUCUUGCACUGAAUGGUGAAUAUAUUUUAAUUUGUAAGGAAACAGAGAAAAUGUCAAUUGCAGCAAAUGGCAUGCCAGAGUGAGGGAUGUAGGGUAUGCCAACCCAACUACACUUUUUAAAAAACCUGUCGAUAAUUGUUCAGCUUGUUAGUCUGUUCUUGGCAGUUGUGUUAUUUUGAUUGUUUUUAAGCAAUUCAGUGACAAAGAAAUUUUAAUUCUCUGUCAGUCUGUCUUGAAGUGUCUUAAAAAGGUUGAUUUCUUUCCUAUAUUUGAAUACCUUUACUGUAUUACAAUAAUUAACCUUUCUUUACCUCAGUCUGGCAAACAGGUAGGAUUGCAUUGGGUGGAGGGCAAGGAGGGAAGGGGUGAUAUUGCUGCACUGUUGUCUCUAGAAACCAGAGAAUCUAAUUCACUGGAUUGAAAAGAGCAAUAUUCAUUGGAAAUAUGUCUUUACUAUCUACUGAAUUUAUCCAAAUAAUCUUUUUAAACACAAAGACUAAUGAUCUUUUGUUACCAUUGAAUUUAAUUCAUUAACAUAAGAAAAGGUUCAUAACAUAAUGUCCAUUAAAUGCCCCCUUCUUCACCCUUCGAUAAUUUUGAAAUGCAUAAAAAUGCCCCCUUUUUUAAAUGCCUCCUUUCUGAAAAGGGGAAUUUAUCUGAAAAUAAAGAUAACCUCAAGAACAAAACUGGAGUACAUAUAUGGAACUAUUAAUAGCUAGAUUUCAGUUUACUAUAAACAAGCAAAUUUUGUUACAUUAUCUGGGCUACAUUUGUUGAAAAGCGAUUUAAAAAAGAUGAUGUAACGAAAAUUGCUCCUUUAUAGUACACUGAAUAAAGUAUAUAAUUUGUCUAAAUCUAAAGAUUUUUGGAUAAACUGUUAAUUUUAGGAUGUUUCCAUUACAAGGUCAUGAAAAAUGUUUUGUUGAAAUAAAUCCCUGUCAAUUCAAGCAAUUUGACUGUCUUUGUUAACUUAAAAACAAGAAUUAAUGUAAAUGAGCUUAUGCAAAAAGAGCCGGUUGGCACUUGUUGAAAUACUAUAAUACUUUUCUCUUUCCAUAUUAAAAUGAAGUAAUCAUUCAGAACACAAAAUGUUUUAUUGGAAAAAUGAGUUACAAUCGUUUUUUGUAAAAUUCCUAGUUAUUUUGAGCCCCCGGAGUAAUCAAAUAUUUUGAUGUUUGUUUUCAAAAUGUUUUCUAUCCCUUCAGUUCUACAUAAUUCCACCAUAUUUUCAAAUAUUUUCCAACCCCUUGAUUAUUGUAAUCACUUGUCUGUUCAGCAGUGUGUUUUAUUAUUUCACCUUAAGUGUUAAAUUUUAAACCAAUCUUUAUUCUGAAUUUUAUGGUACUUGGUUCAUUUCACUUUUGAUCGUCCUCUCAAGUCAAAGACUACUUCUUCAUCACUUGUGACAUAACUGACUUCCUGAUCAGUAUAACCACCAAGUAACUUUCGAAUUUCUUUUCUGAUUUUCUUUCCAUUCCCAUCCUCUAUUGAGCCUGCCAGAUUUUCAUACUGAAGUGAAGAAAUUUCUCGAUUCUCACUGAAUGGGUAAAGUGCCAAAAAAGAACAAAGCAGAAAUUGCAGGACACUUAUAACCAUGAUUGUGAAGGAGAGUGCAUGCCAACCUUUGUGGUACAUCAAGGCCAGAGAUGCAAUUGGAAAAAGCAUCUCUGCAAAUGCAUCUGCAAGUAAAUUCAACUUUUUCACCAUUGCCUCUGAUGUCAUUGCGUAACUUGAAACAGCAUCGUGCACCAGAGGACUUAGUUCAGAUGCAAAAAACAUGUAAACAAACAAACUCAGCGUCAAACCAUUUGUAUUGUCAAUUUUCAUUAAAAGUAUGGACAUAAUGAGGCAGACACAUGACUUUAAAAAUGCGAUGCCAAGACGUCUCUCUACUCUCUCAAUUUUGAUUAGCACUAUAUGUUGAAGAAUAUGUCCAAAAGCAAAUGCCACCCAGAGCAUCAUGACAAGAAGACAAGCUUUUGUUGUGUUUAUAUCAAAUGGCCCAAGAGUGAUGUAUGAGAAAACCACCAGUUCAGCAAUUCUGUAAAUCCCUCCAUACAAAAGUAGGACUAGAAACAAUAUGAAUCGUAGACCAUAAACCUUCCAGCUAAUGGUUCGGCUUCCUCUUGAAUUUUCGGAGAGGCUUCCAAUUUCUCUAUUAGAACUUGAGCAAAUUACAUAACAAAUCUGAAAAAUAAGCAAACAGCAAGGGAUUGUACUAAUCCAAAAGGACUUUCCAAAGUCACUUUUCUCUAAGCAGACAAACCCAGGGAAAACUAUUAGACCUUCUUUGUCAUUGCUUAUAGCCAAGCUCCUUGUUUUGUUCAGGCUAUUUAUGUUUUUUAGCUCCCCUAAGAAUGGUGACGAUAUCAGUGGUGCAACUGCAGCUCCAAGUGAAAGUGCAAAUGUAGCUUUGUUAAAACCUCCAGGUUUCUUUAAUCCAUUUGAAUAAUCCAUUAUAUUGUAGCCUAAAAGACAAAUAUUUUAAUAUAUUUCAAUAGAUUUUCAAUCAAGUAAAGGUCGUUAGUGCAAAAGCUUUCAGGCACACUUUAAAGAAUUUUGAGCCUGUUUGAUUUUAGAUAUUUAAAUAUAUUUAGAAAGGUGUGUGAUUCUGUAUAGCAAGGGCUGUAUAUGCACAGCCUGCAAACAAAUAAAAAAAAUGAUAAAAAUUAUAUGUGUAACAAUUUCCUUUCAGUUAUUUUCUGUAAUGAUGGAACCAAAGUCAUCUUGACAAGAAAAGUCCCCAUGGAUGUGGAGCACCUAGGCACCUCACAAAAAUAAGCAUUUCAUAUAUUUUGCUAAUAUUAGCAUUCUCUCCUUCCCUGAAGCUUUUCUGGUGGGUAUUAAGAUUGUUUUUCAAAUAACCUCAUUUCUUUCAAGUUGUUGUUCCUAAAUUUGGAGUAAUUAGUUUUAUUUAUUUUAGUGUUUGUUGUAUUGUUCCUCCCCUUCUUGAAAGGGUGGGACUCAUACAAAAUGCAUGCAGCGUUGUUGGUCUUUACUCUUAGCACCACAAAAUUCUUGUUCUGAAGCAUUCUUGUUAUUGAUACAUUGGUAUAAGAUAGCUAUUAGUACCCUUACCUUCUGCAGCCAAUCCAUAUGCAACUCCUAUUACUAUCAUCACACAUGCAGCUCCACCAAGGCUUUUUAUUAAAGGGAACACUGCUGUCAUCACUGGUAGUAUUACCAAAGCUAUAGACAUUAUUCCGUAUCCUUUAUUGUGAUGUAUCAUAAAGCCAGACACCAGUUUUCCACAUAAGGUGCCAACUCCUCUACUGAUAAACAGAAGUCCAAUAUGUUCCAAAGUUGAAUUUACUUUGCAUGCUAUAGCCAAAAGAUUUGGACCUGGCAAGGCAUAGAUGAGGCCC